UUUCUCAUUCUUUUUUUAUUUUAUUUAUUCAACCAACUCUUCUUGAAAUAAAUACCUUGUAUGAUCUCACUUAUUCUCAUCACCUACCUCUUUGCGUUCUUGACCCUAUGUAAGGCAGCUGGAACCACUGCAGAUGGUAGACGUGGUGUAGCUCGUAUCAUGGACUUUGGUGGUGACCAAACUCCAUAUGACAAACGUGACCGAGUGACAUGGUAUGCAGGUCAAGAUCUCAGAAAUGCUGCUUGUUACGACCGUAACGGUUUAGCACCGUUCCAUGCUAGAGUGAAUGAUAUGAUUGGAGCCAUGGCAAUGCAUAACUUUGAAGAAUGUUACAAGUGUAUGCAAAUUACCAAUAAUCGCAAGCCGAGUUUAAAGAUUGUUGUUCGUAUUGUUGAUAAAUGUGCUGCUUGCAAGGUGAAGACCGCUAUUGAUUUGACACCUGCUGCCUUUAGAUUAUUAAACCCAGGUGGUAAUUUAGAAGUGGGUGUAUUGGAUAUCAGUUAUAAGCCUAUCAAAUGCCCAAAUAACAACAUCAUCCCCAAGACUAUCUGGUAAAAAAAAAAUAGAUUACUAGAGCUUACCAGUUUUACACAUACCCUCCCCUCCAUCACAUGUAACCCUCCUACCCCAUAACACAUCCUAUCUUG